UCCUCAUUUAAACGUGCCAUGAGUCUGACUCACACUGUUCCCGCGAAGAACCGCUUGGUAUCACAUUCAUUGUUGUGUGGUCUAAUAAAUACUGAUGCAUUGACAUUGUACAAGCAGUUGUUGUGCACCGCCCGGACAACCCAGCGGACGCAAGAAAUGGAACAUAUGACAGUGGAAGAAAAGACAAUGGGUACAACAAACAGACCACUGAUCAUAGCAAUCCUGUCACUCGCCCUACUUCUUAUCAGUAUUGCAUUGACGUCCGUUCUCGUACACCGUUCCACCACAUCACAUUUACGAGAAAAGGAACAAAGUUUAAGAGAGCGUUUCCCUGGCUACUUCCGGUUUCCGGAGGAACAGGAAGCGUUCGAGGCUCUUGAGCGUCCUUCAACCCCAGUGACGUCAUUUCCUAAUGUGACCCGUACAAGUGUGUCCCUGCAGUGUUCUGCUCUCCUCUCGUCCCCUUCUGUGCCUAGGCCUAUUACACCAGCGGAAGUAAUCGAACACAACGCCUGCUGCACUACGACGGCAACCUACAUCUCGCCCGAAUACUGGGUGGAUAUUACCGGUGUUAAUAGGACAAUGGCCGUCUUUGAGGAUUCAAUUGGCGCCAAAGCAAAGCAGUUCUUCCGAAUAGAAUCAUGCGAGCAACAAGAUGGAUGCGACUUCUGCAUGUGUUCAGUGAAGACGACUUACGUCACCGGAGUGUGGACAACUGGAUCGGAGUAUGGCGUGGCCUGGUUUAAAACUGACGGUUGUUGCAAGUGUCUGAACACUUAACGUAGGCAUGAACAAAAAUAUUAUCAUGCUACUUUCAUUAACCUGUAACCUAAACAUUUUACCAGAAAGUUAUGCCAUUACAAUAAAAAAUGCUGUUCGUUA